GCGGUCAGUCGGUGAGCUCCAAAUUUGAAAAGGUGGCCGAUUUGUCGUCGCUGUUUGUUUGGACAAAACAUGUAGCGGACAGAGACGACGACAGGAGGUGAAAGAUACAAAACACUGAGGCCCGAGACUGAAGCCGGGGAAACAACACAGUCUUUACACUCGCCUCAGUUUUUACCAACAAGUCACACCACCUCUUGGAUAUUUCUGUGUUUUGGGCAAAGCUCGCUCACAGUGAGGAACAUGGAGUAUACGCCUAAGUCCAGUGUUUACCCUGAUGGCUGCAAAGGCCAGCACUGUUAUGAUGAUUGUUGUGACAGUGGGUACUCGGGUUUAUUCCACAGUCCACAGAGCAUCAGUGGCGUUGACCUGUGCAGGUCUUUGUCGGCUGUAGAAUUUAAUGAAACGCCUAAAGAAAAUCUCAGGCUUUCUGUCACACCCAAAAAGAGGAACAAAGAAUCACUCAGGUUUUUGGACAGGGACUCCAGAGGAGCACAGCAGCCUCCGGCAGUCAGCUGGUGUGAAACUCCUAAAGUAUAUAAAAAAAAAGCCUCACUGCGACACAGACUCCUCAUGUGCAAACCCAACACAGAUGUCAAAACCGACAAACCAAGAUCACCCUGCACCAGAAGGACUGAAUCCUCCUGCAGCGCCAAGUCUGAAAAAUGGCUCAGUGCAUCGCUCGACUCUCUAGACACAAUGAUGGGAACUUUGGCACCAAGCACUUUAAGCCUGGAUCAGGACCUGCCAUUAUCCACCAGGGAACGUCGUCUCUUUUUCUCGCAGAUGAGGACUUCCACUCGUGAAGAUGGUAAAAUCAACUCUGGUCACCCCACUGAUUUUGAGAAAGGAGAUUCACUCUUCAGUAAUAACCUUUCUGCCUCUGAUCAAAUUAAUAUUGACACUCCACAAUCCAUGAAAUUCCUGCCCGCCUCAUCCAAGGAAAACUCUCGAUCACCAGUCAGUCUUUUGACCACUGACCUAAAUGAUGUCUUUUGCACGCCAUCCUCCGCACACACACCACAAUGUACCAGGUCUGUGUGUGAAGACAGUGGGUUCAGUUCCCUGACCCUGGAUAAAUCCCAAUAUUCCUCAGUAGACCACGAUGGCUCGUUUCAGGAGUUGCUGCUCUCGUCGUCCAGAAAAUCCAGUGAAACCCCAAGUCAGGCGGAGGCAAAGCGGCGCUCCCGUUUGCAGCGACAGCACAGACUCUCAACACUUAAAGAAGGGGGCUCUCAGUCUGAGGAAGACCGUUCCGACAGAAAGCAUGGGCGUCUUCAUCAGAGCAACAGCUAUUCUAAAGAUGUCUCUGCUGAUUAUACCACCCCUCGCGGGGUUCUUUCUAUUAAAUGUGGUAAUAGCAUGAGCUCUGAUGGUUUGGCCCUUGCAAAACAAGAUUACACCACCCCUCUGAGAGCCACCGUAGCCAAGUCAGAAAACUCAACACCUUCAAGCACAGCUCCUGCUAAUCCAGACUUGACUCCUCGCAGCACAACCCCAGUCAAUCUCUCUCUGACUCCAGCUCUGCAGCUGGUUCAUGCCAUGUGCCAGCAGAAAGCUCAGAUGUUUGCUGGGCAGAGUCCAAGUCUGAAGGAGCAGCUGAAAUCCACAGCAGCACUUGCCGAGACCCCAUCGACGUUCAGGACAGCGAUGCCACUGGCUGGACUGAUUGGCAGGAAGAUGGGCCUGGGGAAGGUCGACAUACUCACAGAGUUGAAGAAGAGGAACCUCGGGCACAUUCUCACUGUCAUACUUGGUCACCUGACACAUGAGAGCAUCUACAGGUGUGGUGCGGUGUGCAAAAACUGGGAUAAAAUAAUCCAGCAGGACAAGCGAGCUGCAUUCAGGAGGCGAAACUACCUGAGUGAAGUGAAGGCUUCUUUUGAGCUCAGUGGUGCUGCCCAUGUCCCGGACGCAGAGACCAGACUGAAUCUGCUGAAGAGAUCAGCCCUCAAGACGGUCCAGGUCCAGUCCAGGAACUCGAGUUUCUGCACCCCACAAUCAGGAAGUAGCACUUUAGUCCAACUACAGCACAGUGCCUCAUACUCAGGUGGCAGCGGCGGCGGCAGCAGCAGCAAACGGGAUAAGUUUCUUGAAAUUGCUAAAACCCUCUUCAAUGAUGAAUGCCUCAAGCCAUGCCCUCGGUGUCAGCAUCCAGCGAGAUGUCACUCAGUGAAGGGGGAAGGUGUGUGCAGCAGCGAUGACUGUGGUUUCCAGUUCUGCACGUCCUGUUUGUGUGCUUUUCACGGCUCCAGAGAAUGUGGCAGUCAGUCUGUGAGCCGACGCAAAAGUGACAUUAUUCUUCCAGGAAGUGCUCAAAGUCGGCGAAAUGUAAGAAGACUAUAAAAACAAUAGUCUGCUAUUCCUUCUUGCUGUGCCAAAGUCUGUUAUGCAUUUUUUCUGCCUAAUGACUUGGCAACCAGGAGACUGGUUUGUUUUCUUUUUACAUGGGAACACGUUUUGUUCUCAUCAUUUUUGUCUUUGUGUAUCUGUACUGUAUUAGCCUUUUUUCCAGUUCUGUUCUUUUCUGUGUUUUUAAUCAUGAAUUUGAAGGAAUCCCCCUUCCCAGCAUCUUGUUUGAAUUUUGCUGUUGAUGUAAUUAUUCUAAAUGCCGUGUUGAAGUGUGUGUGCAAUUGUUUUUUUGAAGCUCCUGAGAUUUUUUACUUUUGCAAAUGCCUUUUCAAAACCGUUUUAAAAUAAAUUUGGUGAUUUUAUUUUUUA